UUUAUGAAAGCAACACCAACACCACGCGAGACCCGACCGGAGCCACGUAGGUUGGUGCUGUUUCGGUGGCUUGACUGAUGGGCGUUUUUCCAUAUGGACAGCUGAGCAUCUCCCGGUAUAGUCGGCACUGCUCGUUGUAAUCUGCUUCUGCAAAAUUCUGUGACCGCAGUCCUGCUACUUCCUGUUCUGUGUGCUGAAGUGACUGCUGCCUGACUGAUCAGCGCAAAGGGACUAAUACUUAACGAGUAACUUACCUACCCCAUCUGUCCAAACCUCUCCUGUACGGUCCAGUCACACGUGUUCUGUUUAAGCUGUGUCAAUCACACACCCGCCCACAUUAGAAGGAUUUAAAACACACAGCCUGCUUCUGCGCCCACACACAGUCACAGCAAACAUGGCCAACAAGCUGUCCAGGUUUGGCAAAAGCCUGCUGCGCCGCAGGGCAUUAGACUGUUCAGGUGAAGACACCCAGUUUGCCCGCUGCUUAUCCACUCUGGACCUCAUUGCCUUGGGAGUGGGCUCCACGCUGGGCGCCGGUGUCUACGUCCUCGCUGGUGAGGUUGCCCGAGAAAAGGCGGGACCCGCUAUUGUCCUCUGCUUCCUCAUCGCCGCUCUAUCCUCCAUGUUGGCCGGCCUGUGCUACGCCGAAUUUGGCGCCCGCGUCCCCAAGACGGGCUCCGCGUACCUGUACAGCUACGUGACGGUCGGAGAAAUCUGGGCCUUCAUCACAGGAUGGAAUCUCAUCCUCUCCUAUGUCAUAGGCACGGCCAGUGUAGCCAGGGCUUGGAGUUCAACCUUUGACAACUUGGUUGAACAAAAGAUCUCUGGCUUCUUUAAAGCCUCCAUGGCAAUGAAGGUGCCAGGCGGGGUGCUGGCAGAGUACCCGGAUCUGUUCGCCCUCAUCCUGGUGCUGCUGCUCACUGGACUUCUGGCCUUUGGCGUUAGCGAGUCGGCUCUCGUGAAUAAGAUCUUCACUGGCAUCAAUCUGGUGGUUUUGGGGUUCGUUAUAAUCUCUGGUUUCGUUAAGGGGGACACAGCCAACUGGAACCUCACAGAGCAGGACUACAUCAGAUUCAUAAACGAAACCAACAGCACCAGGGAGCUGAAGAUGAAGAACGAAUUUGGCACGGGUGGAUUUGCCCCAUUUGGACUUGCUGGAGUUUUGUCCGGCGCAGCCACUUGCUUCUAUGCCUUUGUGGGCUUUGAUUGCAUUGCCACAACAAGCGAAGAGGCAAAGAACCCCAUGCGGUCCAUACCUAUUGGCAUCGUGGCCUCACUGCUCAUCUGCUUUUUCGCUUACUUUGGUGUGUCCGCGGCUCUCACAAUGAUGAUGCCGUACUACCAGCUGAACACACAGAGUCCUUUGCCGGAGGCCUUCAGCUACGUCGGCUGGGCUCCUGCUAGAUACAUCGUGGCUGUGGGUUCUCUCUGUGCUCUGUCUACCAGCCUCUUGGGGUCUAUGUUCCCUAUGCCCCGUGUUAUUUACGCCAUGGCAGAGGAUGGGCUGCUGUUCCGAAUUCUGUCCAGGAUGAAUCCUCGCACAAAGACCCCUCUCCUGGCUACCAUUGCUUCUGGUAUUGUUGCAGCUCUGAUGGCCUUUCUAUUUGACUUGGGAGCUCUGGUGGAUCUCAUGUCCAUUGGAACCCUUUUGGCGUACUCUUUAGUGGCCAUCUGUGUCCUCAUUCUCAGGUAUCAGCCAGGCACCCUGAAUUCACCCAGCCAGAUGGAGAAGCUGGUGGAAGGGGAGAAGGUGCCUGUGAGUGGAGGCGACAGCGGCGACGAGUACAGCGCAGAGAUGGACGAGAGGCCGCUACAAGAGACCUUUACCUUCAAGCUGCUCUUCUGCCCGAGCGGAAAGCUCCCAACACCCAUGUCUGGGGGCAUUGUUUACGCUACCACUGCUGCCAUUUCGAUUCUCAUCACUAUACUGUGCGUCAUCCUGGCCAACUCCCUGAAGGAGCUGCUCUCUGGAUCAUCAGCUGUGUUGGUGCCGUGCAUCAUUUUGACUGUGCUCUGUGGCGUCUGUGUGAUCAUCAUCUGGAGGCAGCCAGAGAGCAAAGAGACUCUCACCUUCAAGGUUCCUCUUCUUCCCUGGUUGCCCCUGUUCAGUGUUUUCGUCAACAUCUACCUCAUGAUGCAGCUGGACUUGGGUACAUGGUUACGCUUCACCGUGUGGAUGGUUAUCGGUUUUGCCAUUUACUUCUUGUAUGGCAUUAAAAACAGCAGCGAGGCCACCAACCAAUCAUCAAAAUGCAAAUAUGAGCUCGCCAUGCAGAGCAAGAGCCCGAUUUACAAGGGCGCCCCUGAUGACAGUGACGUUGAAGCAGGCAGCAGCCCUUGACGCAUACUGGCAUAGACCUGGGGAGCGUUGCAGAGCUUCUGCACUCAUGUUUGGCCAUCUGGUUAUAGCCAAAUGUUGCAGUGUGGGCGACUUGGAACACUGCCCUGGGUUUAAAGGGAGGAGAGGCAAGAAAAUGCGACACACAUCUUGCCUCUGAUUUGGAGGCUGAUUUCAACUUGAUGGUUAGACACUGACAGAGGCCCUUUUUUUUUUUUUUUUUUGGCCCGUGUGUCUGUUCUAACCUAUUUCUCCUUAGCCUUAGACCUGUGGAGACAUUUCCCUUCCUAUGACAUAUGCUUUGUAUAGACCUAACUAACACUCGUGAUCAGAAGCUGUAAAUUGGAAGAAUGUUACACUUGUCAUGUUUGCUUCCUUUCCGUUACUAGUCCUCUGGCUAUGUAGGGAGGCAUCCUGCCACAUAAGAACCACAGUCUAGAUCACUAUGAAUUAAGCCAGUGAGUUUACAAUUGUCACUGGAUCAUUGAGCUACGCUUCAAGAUUUUCUAAGAGUUUUUCUAAGCAGAGGGCACAGAUGCUUUGUCCGUUACAGCAUCUUUAAAGUUCAUUUCUGUGCUGCACUGCCUCAGGCUGUUGGCGUGCGUGGCCCUGAGGCUGUGGUCUGCAGUGUGAGUCAGAGCCUUGGUGCAUGUAGGUCAGAAGCACACGGCAGAUGCCAUUUACACACUGUGCAGUUCAGUGUUGGAGCUGAAGUACAUCGUACAGAUUGAAGGAGUUUGUAAACACACUACCGCCCUGGUCAACCCCACCCCAACUCCCAGAGACCCCCACCGUACAUUAUGUGUACAUAAAAUUAUUGUGGAAUUAGUUGAAAUGACCCCCUUUUUGUGUGUGUGUGUGUGUGUGUGUGUGUGUGUGUGUGUGUGUGUGUGUGUGUGUGUGUGUUCUUUUGCAUGCAGACUAUAUUUGUUGUUUGUAGGCACUUUGUGGCAUUUGAUUUUAACCUAAAUCUGGUAAAAAUGCAGGUUGAAAGCAGGUGUUAUGAGUUUUUUUUUUGUUUGUUUGUUUUUUCUCCAUUGGUUUCUGGUAUUUAUUUUAGAGUACUCAUCUGUUUUAAAAACAUGUAUUUUCCCACGGAAAGAUGAAAAGAGCUUUAUGAAUUUUAACCAUGUUGACUUCAUCACAGAGCUGCACCUGUGUGCCUCUUUACAUGACUGAUGAGUCCUCCUGUAAUAAGAUCACUCGGUCCUGUGAUGGGUUAAGGAAGUGUUGGGAGUAUUUAAAAGUUCAACUAAUGCACAAUGAGCUGUGUCUGGGAGCUGGGGUCGGUUUGUGCUAAACGGCCCGAUCGAUCACUACUAAAACAUUUUUUUUAAUCUUAUCUUUUGCUUUCUAAUUCCUUGUGAGGAAAAAAAAUUUUUUUCUUUUCACAAAGGUUCUUGUUUAGUUUCAAUUGAAACUUGUUCUUGGCAGCUUCGUCUGUUGAGCACCCAUCAUGUUUUUUAUUUUUACUACUUUUUUCUGGUUAGAAUUGUUAAUAUUUAAAUGUUUCACAUUGUUUGCUUUCUUUCUUUCUUUUUCUCUAUUUGCCUUUUCAUUUAAACUUUAAUCAGUCAUGAUGCUUUUUAGAUGUUAAUGUAUUUUUAAUUGUUACAUGUACAGUUUGUAGCGUGCCGAUCCUUGUGGUCUGUUUUUUGUCUUUGUUGCAAACGUCACGAUUUUUAACUUGUCCUUCCCGACCAAAUGAACCAGGUUUUUUUUUUUUGUUUUGUUUUUUUUUUUAUAUAUAUAUAAAUCAUUUUCCAGAAACAAAGAACGACCGCAUGAAGUUGGUCUCUAAAAUUAUUUUCAAACUUAUUUUUGCCCUUUUCAGUGUAACUUAUUGUCAAUAUUUGCAAUAAUCUUUUUGUUCUAGUAAAGUGCUUUACUGUAGAGUGUACAGUAUUUGUUUAAAACUGUAUCUUUAUUUGUAUAAUGCUGUAAAUUAUACAAAUUCUUUUAAAAUAUGACCAAUUAUAAUUUGAUAAGAGGUGGGGUUUUUUUUGUGAAGGACACUUUCAUGAACACUUGAUGCUGCUGGAAGCCACAUUAAAAGAAAACCCCUGUUUUCUUCAGAUUAAGUACCAGUGGAAGCAAAAAAAAGACACGACAGAACUUGAAAGUUUGCGGAGAGGGGAGUUAACAGUAGAUUUGGAUUCAGACGGUAUUUCUAGAUAUUACGGAGUAUUAACUAGUGCCUGGGGAAAAACCAUCCAUCUGCCUGAGAAAGGCACUGCAGCUGCUAUGAGUCAGUACUUUCAGUGUAAACCCUGCUCUACAUUUUAAUGCUGCUUGCUGGUAAUUCAUCAUCAAAAAGUUUUGUGACGUGGCUGUGCCUCGUGUCACGCUGAGCUCUUCAUAUCCGGCUCCUGUGCCUUUCCGAAAAAAAUUAAUAAUCCAUCAUCUCCCCUCUCAGCGCUGUCUCGUUAACAGCAGCAAACUAUUUGUGUUUUAUAUCCUGUACAUAUUGCUGCCAUGUAUAAAAUGAGCUGUAUUUUCAGGUUUGUGGUCUUUUUUGUUUUUUUUUUAAUAAACAGUGAUUCAUGGUUAACAGA